UUUCCUGCUGACGCUGAUGAUGACAACGAUGAUGACUAUGCGGGUUCAAGGAGACGGAGACUUCGACCUCGCCGACGCCCUGGAGGACCCUGAUCCUACGUCAGCAACUUCAGGUGGCGGCCUCUACCCAAAGCUUCCGCAGGACCCGCUACUGGGAGAUGGAGGAAAUAUCUACCCGCAACCCCGGCCACGUCCACGUCCACAGCCACGCCCACAGCCACGCCCACAUCCCGGGGAUGCAGAUGGCACCUUCGGAGGAAGUGGAGGCCAUGGUGGAGGAGGAGGAAUAGGAGGAGCUGCCCAUGGUGAUUCCCAGGGAAACCCGGUGGCCGCCAUCGUGUCACCCGUCGUUUCCGUGGUUGUGCUUGCCCUGCUUGGUGCUGGUGUUAGCUACUUCCGGUCUGGCCGGGGUGGGUGCCUGCGCUCACGUGGGAGAGACACGGAGGCUGGAUUGUGACAUCCCUGGAGUGUCCACCUGCUGUCAUCCACUUCCUGUUCACCUGGAAAUAAAUGUUUGUCCCGGCUCCUCCCAGGAUGCUCUGCAGGUUUCUUUUCAGGAACAAUUUUGGAGGUGUGGCCAAGUUGUGGGAAACCCACCCUGUCCCACCAAUCCCAUGACUCAUGGGUCAUGGUGUUUUCAUCACAACUCAUGAGUCCAGAGUUUGUUAUCUCAAAACCGUUUUUAUUUUUUUUUCUUCCUCGAAAUAAAAGAAACCUUUCUUUUAACAUUCAAAAAAAAAUUUUUAAAAAUUCUUUAAAAAA